AUGAGUACUGUUGGACAAAAGAAUGCCAAAGGAGACCCUGAGGGUGGAGUCCGUCCUGAAGAUUCGGCCAGCCAGUGUGGGAGCACUACAUCUUCAGUGCGACUGCGGACUAUGGCACGUAGAGCUGCUUUAGCUGUUGAGGCUGAAGCACUGAAACAGAAGAUGGCGCUGGAAAAGGAGGAGUUAGCUUUGAAACAGCGUAAAGCUCAGCUAGAUAUGGAUACCAGGAUGAAAAUAUCUGAUGCUGAGACACAAGUCUAUUUGAAUGAAGCGGAUAGGCUAUUGUCGGAUGAAGCUAGUGCUCCUCAGAAACAUCCAGUUGAAGUGAAUGAAACGUUGGCUUAUCCGCUGGACUCUGGAAUGCCAACGCCAACCCAGGUUGAACAGAGUACGAAGCCAACGGAGGCUUUGUUGCUGCAGAUUUUGCAGGAGGGACAGAAACAACAGAGGCAAUUAUUGGAGUCUCUUAAUGUGCCUCAAACACAAAUGAUGACGUAUGAUGGCAACCCUCUUAAGUUUUGGGAGUUUUGGAGGGCGUUUGAGAACUCAAUAGACUGUACAAGUAUUCCGGACAGUGCCAAACUGACCCGCCUUCUAUACUACUGCGAAGGAGAUGCCCGCAAAAUCUUGCAGCCUUGUAGUAUUAUGCCAUCUGGCGAAGGGUAUAUGAGGGCGAAGGCCAUGCUACAAGAGAGGUUUGGUACACCCUUCAUGAUAGCUGAUGCAUGGAUCAGGAAAGUGACCGGAGGGCGGAAGAUCACCGGACGGGACAAGAGGGCCCUAAGGGAAUUCGCAGAUGAACUGCAAGUUUGCUCACUGACUUUAGAUGCCAUGGGUUACAUUGGCGAUUUGUCACCACAGUUAGUCCUUGUCCAGAUAGUUGAACGACUACCACUAUACUUAUGCGGGAGAUGGCUGAGUGUGGUACGAAGAAUCAGGCGAGAGGAUAGACUUCCUAACAUAUUUGACCUGGUGGAUUUUGUCCAAGGUGCAGCCGACGAGGAGAAUGAUCCGGUCUACGGAAGGCUUCUUACCAAGGAUCAGGGCGGUAGAGGCAUCUCCCAGAACAAGAAGUCGACAGGACUGAAGAAAGGUGCUUUCUCCACGACAGCCACAGGCAAUGAUGUGACACCACAGCUGUGUGUGAUAUGCAAGGAAUCGCACAGUCUGUUUGGCUGUGACAAGUUCAAACGAAUGCAGCUAGAUGACCGGCUGAAACUGGUGAGGGAAAACAGGCUUUGUUUUAACUGUUUGGAGAAGGGACACAUGUCGAGAUACUGUAAACUAAAGAGGGUAUGUUCAGUUUACGGAUGCAACAGAAAACAUACUAAGUUUCUCCAUCAGCAGAAACCAGAACAACCUCAGCAAGCACAAGAGGAAGCUGUUAGUCCUUCACCUGAGAAGAUUGAGAGUCAUGUCACAGGGGCCGGGAACAUGAAGGUGCUAUUGCCAAUCGUUCCUGUCUGGGUUUAUGCGGCAGGCAGUAAUAUUGGUGUAGAGACUCUAGCACUGUUGGAUUCAGGCUCGACAAGGACCUUCUGUACCAAGAAGUUGGCAGCAAGAGUGAAAGCAAGUGGAUUGUCCAGUAUAGUGUCUGUCUCAACUCUGGAAAGAGCCAACAGCGAACUUCAGACCAGUGUUGUAAGCCUGAAAGUUGCAGCAAAGUCAUCAUCCAGGAUGGUGAAUCUCUCUAAAGUCUAUACCAAGACAGACAUUAACAUUAAUUCAGAUCACCUGCUAAUGAAGGAGGAUGAUGACAAACUCCAACAUCUCACAGAUGUCGACUUUCCAUCGACUACCAAACUGCAGGUGGAUCUCCUGAUUGGGCAAGAUUAUCCAGAGCUUAUUUGUCCUCUCGAGAUACGACGUGGCAAGCCAAGAGACCCUUAUGCAGUAAGGACAGUGCUGGGGUGGACCCUGAAUGGGCCGGUUCAGAGUGAUGGUAGGAAGAUGGCUGUAACAUCACACUAUAUCUCAGAUGAAAUAUCCCUUGAAGACCAAUGUAAGCUGUUUUGGUCUCUAGAAGGCGUUGAAACCCUCCAUUGUGAUGCUAAAGGAAUGUCAGUCAAGGACCGAGAGGUAUUGAAGCUAUGGGAGGACAAUGUGGUAAUGAAUGGAGGUCACUAUCAACUGCCCAUACCAUUCAAAGAACGACCCCCGCCACUUUGUGACAAUAGAUGGAUGGCCCAGCAGAGACUCCAUUCACUUAGAAGACGACUUCUCAGGGAUACGGCAAUGCAUGCUAAGUAUUCACAGGGCAUGGCUGACCUAGUUGCCAAGGGCUACGCCGAGGAAGUUGAUGAAACUCAACCGCCAAAUGGAACUUGUUGGUACCUACCACAUCACCCAGUGAUAAAUCCGAAGAAACCAGACAAACUUCGGAUUGUGUUUGAUUGUGCUGCCAAGUGCUUAGGAGUUGGUCUGAACGAUGUGGUGAUGCAAGGGCCGGAUCUGACCAACAAGUUGACUGGUGUACUUCUUCGAUUUCGUCGAGCACCAAUUGCCAUCAUGGCUGAUGUGGAAGCCAUGUUCCACCAGGUAACAGUCCAUCCAGAUGAACGAGAUGUACUUCGCUUCUUGUGGUGGCCUGAUGGAAGAGUGGAUGAAGAUCCUAAGACCUACAGGAUGUGUGUGCACCUGUUUGGGGGUACAUGGAGCCCCAGCUGUUGCUCGUUUGCCAUGCGGCAAACAGCAAAGGACUAUGGAGAUCAGUGCAAUACACAAGCACCAAGAGUAGUAGAGAUGAAUUUCUACGUAGACGACUGCCUGGUCUCUGUUGAAGAGGAAGAUGAAGCUAUAAGACUGGCAUCAGAAUUGAGAACCUUGUUGCAGAAGGGUGGAUUUCGACUCGCUAAGUGGAUGAGUAGCAACACAAGAGUUCUGCAAACCAUACCAGUACAAGAUCGGGCCAAGCAAGUGGUUGGACUCGACCUGAACUUUGAUGCCCUACCAAUAGAGCGUGCACUUGGUAUGAUAUGGGAUGUAGAAAGAGAUAGCUUUGUCUACAAGAUUCAGGCGAAGGACAAGCCUUUAACACGAAGAGGACUCUUAAGUAUUGUUUCUUCUGACUACGACCCUUUGGGAUAUGCUAGCCCAUUUGCACUGAGAGGGAAGUUGAUUCUUCAGGAGUUGACCCGGAAGAAGCUGAACUGGGAUGAGCCUAUCCCUGACAGUGAUGCAAAGAAAUGGAAGGCUUGGAUUGAGGAACUUCCACAGAUGGAAGGAGUUGAGGUCAGUAGAUGUGUCAAGCCUCACGACUUUGGCAGGAUAACUGAUUACGAGAUCCACAACUUCUCUGAUGCAUCUGAAGUAGCCUACGGGGCCGUAUCAUAUCUAGUGAUGAGGAAUGAGGAAGGACAUGUGCAUAGCAGUAUCAUUAUGGCCAAGUCACGCCUUGCUCCAGUAAAGACCGUUACCAUACCUCGACUAGAAUUGAUGGCAGCUACACUCGCUGUGAAUAUGGAUGUCGUGAUAAGAGGAGAGCUUGACCUGCCUGUGAAGAAAUCAUACUUUUGGACGGACAGUAUGAUAGUGUUGCACUACAUAAAGAAUGAACAUAGAAGGUUUCGUGUCUUUGUGUCAAACAGGGUGGCUAUCAUACACAAUGCCAUAGAGAUAGACCAAUGGAGACAUGUUGGCACAAAGGAGAAUCCGGCAGACAUCGUAUCCAGAGGCAUGUCACCGUCUGAUCUGAAGGAUGAUGAGAAGUGGUUUGUUGGACCAGCCUUUCUACAACAGCCAGAGGAGAGAUGGCCCACAUGUCCCAUAGAGAAGGAUGGGAUCAGAGAGGAUGAUCCAGAGGUGAAGCCUGUAGUCCAGAACUUUGCUACAAGUGAGGGCAAGAAGUGCAUUGACCAGCUCUUCAUGCACUAUUCGUCCUGGACGAGACUACGCAGAGCGGUAGCUUGGUGGAUGAGGUUGAAGGAAAUCCUUAGUAGGAAUGUAAAGAACUGUACUCCAGUUAAAGAAUUGAGCAGACACUUGACAGUGGAGGACUUGAACUAUGCUGAAAAUGCCAUCUUUCAGCAUAUUCAGACCGAGUCGUUCGAUGAGGAGAUGACAACCUUAAGGGAGAGAGUUAGAGAUCCACAGGGACGAGAGAGACCUGUGAAGAAGGAGUCGAGGCUUGCAAGGUUGGAUCCUGUUUUGCAAGAUGGUCUACUGAGGGUAGGAGGCAGGCUUGGACGAGCACAUAUCCCAGACACUGCAAAGCAUCAGGUGAUACUGCCUAGAAGGCAUCAUGUGUCAGCACUGUUGGUAUGGCACAUACACGAGAAAGUUGGACAUCAAGGCCAAAAUCAUGUUUUGGCAGAACUCAAGCAGUACUACUGGAUUCUGGGAGCUGGGGUUCUGGUGAGAGGCUUGUUAAGCAAGUGUGUAACUUGUCGUCGCUACCAGGCCAAGGUCGGCAAGCAGAAGAUGGCUGAUCUACCUGCCUUCCGAGUAGUAGCUGAUGAGCCAGCAUUUACACAUGUGAGGAUGGACUACUUCGGUCCUUAUGAGAUCAAGUGUGGGCGCUCUGUAAGAAAGAGAUACGGCGUGAUAUUCACAUGCAUGACAACUAGAGCUAUCCACAUCGAGGUUGCCAAUUCUUUAGACACCAGCUCAUGCAUUGAUGCCAUCAGACGCAUGAUGAGCAGGAGAGGACCAAUAAAGAGGUUGGUCUCGGACAAUGGCACCAAUUUGGUAGGCGCUAAAGCUGAGCUGAGGAAGGCACUGAGUGAUUGGAACGUUGAUGAAAUCUCAAACUUCACGGCUAAUCACAGUAUAGAUUGGAGUUUCAACCCGCCAGGGGCCUCACAUCAUGGCGGUGUGUGGGAGAGACAAAUAAGGACGAUCAGGAAACUACUGCAUGCUCUUCUCAACGAGCAGUAUUUAAGGACAUGUCAGUCGGAGGAGCAGCUUCACACUCUGAUGUGCGAGGUAGAGGCAAUCAUCAACAGCAGGCCUCUUACUCGUGUCUCUGAUGAUCCUGGAGAUCUGGAAGUCAUCACGCCCAGCAGUCUGCUACACAUGAAGCAGACCUCAGCACCACCUCCGAGUAAGUCCACUGAGGGAGAUGUCUUCGCCAGGAGACGUUGGAGGCAGAUGCAGUACCUGGCUGAUCUCUUUUGGAAGAGGUGGAUUAGGGAGUAUCUACCUAGUCUACAGCAACGUCAGCGGUGGCAGCAGCCUGAACGCAAUCUUCAGGUUGGUGAUGUGGUUCUCAUCGCAGACGGAACUGUGCCGAGGUGUUGCUGGCUGAUGGGACGCGUUUUAGAAGUGUACCCUGGUUGAACCACUCAUUGGUAUCAUCGCAAGGGCAUUGUUGUCGAGUCGUCAUUGCAGUUGGGCUUAGUAAUAGACAUAACCUUACUUGGAUAUUUCGUACUUUUCCAGCAUGAAUUAUCGUAUACGCUACUUACGCCAAAACUUAUAUGUGGUACAUUUACAUUCAAAACGUAUGGAUGUUCUAUGAUUCUAAUCUUAUUUCAUACAUCACAUCAAUCCACCAUUAUAAUCACCAUUAACAUCAGGCAAAAGAGUAAAUAUUGAGCUAUCAUAAUAUGCAGUAAUUUUCUACUUACAACAUUGGGCUGUCUCAGGAAAACAAAAUUACAGUAGACUUUUCAGUGUAAUAAACAUUCAGUGUAACGUAAAUCAGUAGCUCCACAGAAUCAAAUCCCGCCCUCUAUGACCUGAA